CACUGACAGUACGUUGACUACUUUCCUAUUAAAAACACUUAACUGUUAAAGUUUGAAAUAAAUUAGAUUAACUUAAAUUCGUACCUUUCUACAACUAAUUUUGUCAUUUUAAAUUAAUUUUAUUAUUAAAUUAUAACAGUCAAAUGGCGUCUAAGGAUAUAAUUAUUUCAUAAAAGAAGAGACCUGAGAAUCCAUUCGAAAAUAAGCAACAAUAUUUUGGAAAAAAACUAAGGAAAUUUAUUUGAAUCACAUUAACUCAAAUAUGAUAAAAACGUUUGAAUAAAAAUUACAUAAUUUUUGAGUUAAUAUUAUUUAGAUUGAGCUAUUUUUAAAUUAUGACGGUUACAAUGAGGAGCGUUAGUCGUGAAAAUAUGGUUUUUUAUUUUUUGUCACUUGCCCUAGUGACCAGUAUAGAUGCCACCGGCAUUUUGUAUCCCAGAGAAUCUGAAUCUCGGGAAGUUAAGUCACUUGAUGGUAUGUGGAACUUCAGAUUAUCAGAGCCGGAUGCUUUGAUUGGAUUCAAAGAAAAAUGGUACAUGAAAGAUUUAAGCAAGUCUGGCCCGGUUAUUGAAAUGCCCGUACCUAGCAGUUACAACGAUGUUAUGGUAGACAAGAAAAUAAGAGAUCACGUGGGUCUCGUUUGGUAUGACAAGUCAUUUUUUGUACCUGAAAUAUGGAGACAACAGGGCUAUAGAGUGUGGCUGAGAUUCGGGAGCGUCCACUAUGCUGCUCAAGUGUGGGUGAAUUCCCAUUUAGUUAUGAGCCACGAAAUUGGACAUCUGCCAUUCCAAAAAGAUGUUACAACUAAUUUGAAAUUCGGACGUUUAAACAGGAUAACCGUGGCCGUGAACAACGAACUGUCAGAAAUAACUGUGCCCCAAGGAUCCUUGCAAAACCUGACCACUAACACCGAAGCCAAAGUAAUCCAAACGUACACUUUUGAUUUUUACAACUACGCCGGAAUCCAUCGUUCAGUAUUUUUGUACACGACACCAAUAGUUUAUAUUGAUGACAUAGAUGUAAAAACUGACUUCACCGAGAACGGCAAAGGGAUAAUCCAUUAUUCUAUUUCUUAUGGAGGGUCAUUAAGCAAUGGAGAAGUUUUGAAUUGUUCGGUAACUUUAUUAAAAGACGAAAACGUCCGAGAAAAUUUUAAGGUGAAGGCAAAUAAUCCUGAAGGUUUGUCAGGUACAAUUGAAAUUGAAAACGCUAAACUUUGGUGGCCGUUCUUAAUGAGUGACGAACCUGGAUUCAUGUACACGUUGGAGAUAAAACUUUCGACUAACUGGCAUGUGGAUGACGUUUAUCGGUUACCAGUAGGUAUCAGAACAAUUAAAUGGAAUAACGUCUCAUUAUUGAUCAAUGACAAACCGGUUUAUCUUAGAGGGUUCGGGCGACAUGAGGAUUCAGACUUUCGAGGAAAAGGCAUGGAUUACGCUUUAGUAACUAGAGACUAUGAUCUCAUCAAAUGGGUUGGAGCUAACUCUUAUAGAACAUCUCACUAUCCAUAUGCCGAGGAAAUCAUGGACUUUGCUGACAAAUAUGGCAUAAUGAUUGUGGACGAGUGUCCUAGCGUUAAUACAGAAAAUUAUUCAGAUAAAUUACUGAAAAAACAUACCGCAAGUUUAGCAGAAUUAAUAAAAAGAGACAAAAAUAGACCAAGUGUUAUUAUGUGGUCUAUUGCAAAUGAACCGAGAUCGGAUCAAAAAGAAGCUGACAGUUAUUUCCAGUUUGUUGCAAAAUUUGUGAAGUCUCUGGAUAAAUCUCGUCCAGUUACUGCCGCUCUGAACAAAUGGUACAGCAUUGACAGGGCGGCAAAACACUUGGAUAUCAUUGGUUUUAAUAGGUACAACUCUUGGUAUUCAAAUGCAGGACACACGGAGAUCAUAAAGUCGAAAGUAGAAAUCGAAGCAACCAGAUGGCAUGAUAAGCACAACAAGCCGGUUUUUAUGACAGAAUACGGCGCCGAUGCUGUAGCCGGUUUACACAUGAAUCCUUCAUUUGUUUGGUCCGAAGAGUAUCAAGUGGAACUAAUGGCUGAACAUUUUAAAGCGUUUGAUGUCUUAAGAAGUAAAGAUUUCUUUAUUGGUGAAAUGAUAUGGAACUUUGCUGAUUUCAGAACAGAUCAAUCUUAUGUAAGAGUGGGGGGUAAUAAAAAAGGAAUAUUUACUAGACAACGAGAACCAAAAGCUUCAGCGCAUUACUUGAGAAAAAGAUAUUGGGCCUUGGCAAAUCUUUUAGACGGUGCACGAGUUCCUGAUAACUUGAAUUCCUAUGUCACGGCAAACGAAUGUCAAAAUCACAUUGAGCUUUAAUUGUUAUUACAUAGGGAUUAUACUUUGUUGAUAAUAAUUAUUGUUACUUAUCCGACCUCGAAUAAAUCAGGUCGGUGUUUAAUUAAAUUACAUUAUUUGACUGUGAAAAACAUUUAAUAUUUAUUUUUAGUAUCGUACAGACAACGAUUAUGAAAUUAAUAAUGCUGUAUGUAUUAUGUAUUAUUUUAAUUCAUUAUUUAAUUUAAAUUAGAUACUACUACUUAUUAACUUUUAUUUAUUAUAAUUAUUUUUGUUUUAUUAUUUAAAAAAAAUUAUACUGGCCUUUUUAGCUUCGAUGCGAAGCUGAGAAGGUAUUGGUUUUA